GUGGUGCUGGGGCGGGGAGAUAAAUGGUGCAGGGGCAAGGGAGAGAGAGGGGCUCCCAGCAGAGAGGGACAGGGCAGGCCCUGUAAAACUAUCCCAGCCUUGGGCUCCUGCUGGUGCCCCUCACUCCUGACCCGCAGCCCCCUGCUAUCCCAGCCUUGCCCUCCCCCCCGGCCCUCUGAGCUAGGCCCGGCCCCAGGGGGCUGCUGGCUGCCUAGAGACUGACAGGCCGGGGGGGCUCAUGGCUUGUAUUGGACCGGCUGGGGGGAGCUCAGGCCGGCCAAGGAACGGGGGCGUCCCAGGGCCCAUCGCCCCACCAAGGGGAGGGGGGGGUUAACUCAGGCUCCAGGCUCGGCCUCGUUCUGGCGGGGGGGUUGUGCUGGGGGCUCCUGCCCCAGCCCUGACAGCCCCGACUGGGCCCCUCACAGCCGGACCGCCCUGGCUCCGCCUCUCAGCACGCGCUGGCCAAUGAAAACUCCCAUUCAGCCCCAUGGCAACGCUCGUUCCGCCCCGAGCGGGGCAUAGGCAUUUCCGGCGGGCAGGCGGGGCAUAGGCAUUUCCUGUUUGAAAGCCGGAUAUCCGGUUCCGGUGACCGCCAUGUCCGGGGAGAAGCGGCCGCUCCGGCUCCUGGGUCUCCAUGGUUACCGCCAGAACCAGCGCAGCUUCCACGAGCGCACCGGGGCGCUGCGCAAAGCGCUGCGGGGCCGCGCGGAGCUGGUGAGCGUGAGCGCGCCCCACCCGGUCCGGGGGCCCGCGGCCGAGCACGGGGGCGGGGCGGGGCGGAGCCCGGAGCCGCAGGACGCCGAGCCCCGCGGCUGGUGGUUUUCCAGGCCGCGGGAGGAGACGUUCGACGCCCUGGAGGAAGCCGCCGCCUGCAAGGGGCUGGACGAGUCGCUGGACGCGGUGGCCCGGGCGCUCGCGGAGCACGGGCCCUUCGACGGGCUGCUGGGCUUCAGCCAGGGCGCGGCGCUGGCCGCCCUGCUCUGCGCCCUGCAGCAGCGCGGGGACGCGCGGUUCCCCUUUGAAUUCGCCAUCCUGGUGGCCGGCUUCAAGAGCCGGGCUGCCCCGCACAGCGGCUACUACCGGGAGCCCAUCGCCGUGCCCUCGCUCCACGUGCUGGGGGACACCGACCGCGUCAUCCCGCCAGGACUGAGCAGAGAGCUGGCGUCCCACUUCGUGGAUCCAGCGGUCCUCACCCAUCCGGGGGGGCACUUCGUCCCUGCCGCUGCACCCCAGAAGAGAGCCUACCUUGAGUUUUUGGCCAAGUUUUUGAAAUAAAAGAGGAGGGACCUGCCCUUGGGCAUGGAGGGGAGGAGGCUAGAGGCGCGCCGUUGACUUCGAUGACCCAAGACAAGUUGAGGUGAUGUGAUCACUGUCUAGAAGUACCUACACGGGGGGAAGAUUUCUGAUAAGCAGAGGGCUCUUUAAUCUAGCCGAUAAACCAUAAUAAGAUCCAGUGAUUGGAAGCUGAAGCCAGACAAAUUCAGGCUAGAAAUAAGGCACAAAUUUUUAACACAGUAACAACCAUUGGACCAUUUAACCUAGGGUUGUGGGGGAUUCUCUGGCACAUGGACUCUAAAUCAAUACUAAAUUUUAAAAAAUAAAUAUUACAUGGCUUUAUAAAAGAUACUCUUGAAGUUACGGGUUUGGUGCAAGAAUCACUGGUUGAAAUUAAAUGUUUUGUGUUAUACUGGAGAACAAAUUAAAUGAUCAUACUAUUUCUGGUGUUAAAAAUCUACAACUCUUAUCAUGGGUCUUAUAGCACAGAAGAGGUGAGGCCAGGUGGAGUUUUGUCGCAGGAGAUUGGAUAUUUGGUGAUAUGAUCUAUAAUAAAUGGAACUCCAAUUGAGCUGUCA